UUGCCAUGGAAAGUCAAAGUAAGGGGAAGUAUAAAAGGAGGAAAGGUCACUGAAUGCACCUCAGUUAUUGGCAGACAAACCAGUGAGAUUCUGUUCAAACACAGUUAUCAACACUUGUGUGUUUGACCUCGUCGGCUCCUUCUGGAAACAGGCUGCAGCUCUGAACGGAACAAUGAAGGUGCUGGUCUUGGCUUUAAUCGUCGCCUUGCUGUUUGCAGCUGGUGAGGCCCUGAGCUGCCAUCGCUGCGUCCCGAAUAGGGCCGGAGACGAGUGCGAGAUCACCGUGGAGACGUGUAAACCAGGGAAGGAUGCGUGUGCUGCAGCAAGUUUCCUCACACCACCAUAUGGACACUACCAGAAGUGCAUGGCUAUGUCAGACUGCAAACUCCUGAGGCUCAACGCCUACAUCAAGAUCAAGUGUUGCGCUGAAGACCAAUGCAACACCUUAGAUGAUGCCCAAAACACGGCAAAUUAGCCAAGCGGGCGUCUGAUUCCCAACAGGAGGAUGUUGCUUUUUAAUUAAAAACAUAAUAACUGAAAUUCCUCAAUGAAUAAAAAAUGUGAGAAAAAACUUGUCUUCAAACAUUAUUUUAUUUAAACUUCUCCCAUCCAUUGAAUUGCUUUCAUUUAAUUCCAAUUUUUUUUUGUCCUUAUUAGAUCGAAAUGCCCUUCAGGCUUUCUUUAACUCCGUAAAACUCCAGGUCUCAUGAAUGCAGCGCGUUGUGUAUGGGCGGGACGCUGGAAUGCUGAGGAAAUCAGUAAAUGCUGGAUCUGAAAGAAAUAUUCUGCACUAGUUUAUUUUGGGGCUGCGCAGUGGUGCAGUGUUUAGCACUGUUUCCUUGCAGUAAAAAAGUCCUGGUUCAAAUCCUGGCCUGGUCUUUCUGCAAGGAGUUUGCACGUUCUCCCUGUGCAUGCAGGGGUUCUCUCUGGGUACUCUGGCUUCCUCCCACAGUCCAAAAACAUGACUGUCAGGUUGAUUGGACUCUAAAAUUGUCCUUAGGUGUGUGUGCGUGCUUGUUUGUGUGUCUCUUGGGUGUACCCCACCUGCUUGCCCGGAGACUGCUGGAGAUAGCCCCCUGCGACCCUGCAAGGAUAAGCGAGUAAAACAAAAUAUAUGGAUGGUUUAAUCUGAAUCUGAAUCCUCUCUAGAUUUUUAUUCUGCACCUCUUUCAUCAUUUUUACAUACAUAAUGUACUUUUGGCCAUUUUUUCCACAUUAGAUAUUAUCAUUUAAAGAUGCCUAUAAAGACAACCAAAAACCACAAGGAUCCACCAACCAGCGUGCUUACAUAACCACUUUUUGCUUUAAUGAUUACAAUUAAAAACAUUUGUACAACAUUUUCAACAUUAGAAAAUGGAUGCAGAUUUCUUUCUUUCCUUCUUUCCUUUUGUUGGCUGAUAUUAACCAAUAUGAAACUAACUGAGGGACAGAGAAGGGAACUACGAGGUGAUGGAGUAGAAAAGAGGGCACAAACAGCUGCUGAUGUAUCAGAAGAAACGCUCCAACUGUUUUCUUAUGCAUGGCACACACAGCGGCCCUCUCAUCCUGUGUUCUUCAACCAGAGAAGGAACUGUAGCCUAAAUGGAAGCUGCACAACGAGAAGCGAAGAUGCACCAAGCCACAAGUAUCUCUGAGACAAGAAUGGGUUUUUUUCCUGAUACAUCGGCUGUUUAAUGGUCUUGCAUCAGUGCUGAGCACAGAGAAUAUGGGAAUAUCAGACAAGGAAACCACCACUCCAAUAUUUUUUUUAAUCAAA